AUGAACCAACCUCAAAUCGUACUACUUAAAGAAGGCACCGAUACGUCACAGGGCAAACCUCAGCUAGUAUCUAACAUAAAUGCCUGUCAAACGAUUGUUGACGCAGUGCGUACCACUUUAGGUCCAAGAGGCAUGGAUAAACUUAUUGUUGAUUCAAGUGGGAAAGCAACAAUUUCAAAUGAUGGUGCUACCAUAAUGAAAUUAUUAGAAAUUGUACAUCCAGCUGCAAAAACCCUUGUUGAUAUAGCGAAAUCACAAGAUGCAGAGGUUGGAGACGGUACUACUUCCGUUGUAUUGCUUGCUGGUGAAAUACUUAAACAAGUGAAACCGUUUGUAGAAGAAGGUGUCCACCCACGUGUAAUAAUCAAGGCUAUUCGUAAAGCAGUUUUAUUGUGUAUUAAUAAAAUUAAUGAGAUGGCUGUGCGCAUAGAAAAGCAAUCUAAAGAGGAGCAACGUUCUCUUUUGGAGAAAUGUGCAGCAACAGCUAUGUCAUCUAAGUUAAUACAUCAACAAAAAGAUUUCUUUUCAAAAAUGGUUGUUGAUGCGGUGCUUUCUUUAGGAGAAUUAUUACCGUUAAAUAUGAUUGGUAUUAAAAAAAUUUCUGGUGGCUCUUUAGAAGAAUCACAGUUGGUAUCAGGUGUGGCAUUUAAGAAAACAUUCACAUACGCCGGUUUUGAAAUGGCUCCAAAAUCUUACAAAAAUUGUAAAAUUGCAUUACUUAACAUUGAGUUGGAACUGAAAGCUGAACGUGAUAACGCCGAAGUACGCGUAGAUAAUGUUAAAGAGUAUCAAAAAGUUGUUGAUGUUGAGUGGCAAAUUUUAUAUAAUAAAUUGGCUAAAAUCCAUGAAUCAGGAGCAAAUGUAGUUCUAUCCAAAUUGCCGAUCGGUGAUGUUGCUACACAAUAUUUUGCUGAUCGUAAUAUGUUCUGUGCUGGACGCGUUCCUGAAGAUGAUCUUAAGCGUACAAUGAAAGCAUGCGGUGGUGCUGUUAUGACCACUGCUAAUGAUAUCAAGCCUAGUGUUUUAGGUCAGUGUGAAUACUUUGAAGAACGUCAAAUUGGAGGUGAACGUUUUAACAUUUUCCAAGGUUGCCCGCAGGCACAAACAUGUACCAUGAUAUUGCGUGGUGGUGCUGAGCAGUUCUUGGAGGAAACUGAGCGUUCUUUGCACGACGCUAUUAUGAUUGUAAGGCGUACAAUUAAGCAUGAUUCCGUUGUUGCUGGUGGUGGCGCUAUCGAAAUGGAACUAUCGAAAAUAUUGCGUGACUACUCGCGCACCAUAGCCGGCAAGGAACAAUUGCUUAUUGCGGCCAUUGCAAAGUCGCUCGAAGUGAUUCCACGUCAAUUGUGCGAUAAUGCUGGCUUUGAUGCCACAAAUAUAUUGAACAAACUCAGGCAAAAGCAUGCUAAAGAUGGGCAAUGGUUUGGCGUUGACAUUACUAAAGAAGAUAUUGUUGACAACUAUGAGAAUUGCGUUUGGGAGCCAUCAAUUAUUAAAAUUAAUGCAUUGACUGCUGCUGCUGAAGCUGCCUGUAUGAUAUUAUCUGUUGAUGAGACCAUUAAAAGCCCUAAGCCUGCUGAUGCUCCUAUGGCUGGCGGUAUGGGUAUGGGCAGAGGCAUGGGUCGUCCCAUGUAAAAAGUUAAUAAAUUCUAUACAAUUAACCACACAUUCAUUUAAAAAACGUAUGCACUUCAAAUUCUAAACAAAGUACAUACACAAAAUACAUAUUUUUUGUUUUGUCAUUUCCGUAUAUUACACAAUACGCUCUACAUUAAGUUUCAUAUAGUUUUGCUAUAAAAUCUAAAAAUUAUAAGCAUUUCCUAACUUUCUUAUUAACGCUUACUCAUUUUCACAGUAAACUUUUGUUAAUAAAAAAC